UGAAGAACAGAAAAGCUCACUGGGAGUGGUGCGGACAUUGUGCAAUAUGCGAAUAGGACACGUUUUGUGCGCUCUUGUUGCCUGUGUGGAGUAAUAAUGCAGCUGCUCACAGACCCUGUUGCUGACCUCCAUGAAGUGUUCCAUCUCAGAUAAAGUCGGACAGACACUGUAAACGGAUACUGGGAACACAUACAGGACAAACCCGCAGAAUAAGAGUGUGACUGUAAUACUGGAGGAGAGAUGGGGAACGCUGGGAGUAUGAACCAACACACGGACCCCCGAGGACACCACAUGCCCCUCAAACUGCCCAUGCCCGAGCCGGCGGAGCUGGAGGAGAGAUUUGCGCUCGUUCUGAACUCAAUGAACUUGCCUCCAGACAAAGCAAGAUUACUACGGCAGUACGACAAUGAGAAGAAAUGGGAACUCAUUUGCGAUCAGGAACGAUUCCAGGUGAAGAAUCCUCCUCACACAUAUAUCCACAAGUUACAGAGUUAUCUUGACCCGGCCGUGACCAGAAAGAAGUUCAGGAGGAGAGUUCAGGAGUCGACGCAGGUCCUGCGGGAGCUGGAAAUCUCAUUACGAACCAAUCACAUCGGGUGGGUGCGGGAGUUCCUGAAUGAGGAGAAUAAGGGUUUGGAUGUGUUGGUGGAGUAUCUUUCGUUUGCACAGUAUGCUGUCACGUAUGAUGGUGACAGUUCUGAGAACAGCACAGAUAACUCGGUGGAUAAAUCUAAAGCCUGGAGUCGAUCGAUUGAAGAUCUGCAUGGAGGAAACAGCCUCUCAUCAGGUGUCACAGGCAACAGCAUCUCCAGAACCAGCAGACAUUCAACGUUAAGGUCUAAUAAUACGUUAUCCAGCCGGAGGACAUUGAAGAAUUCCAGAUUAGUCUGUAAGAAAGACGAUGUUCACGUGUGCAUCAUGUGCCUACGAGCAAUCAUGAACUACCAGUAUGGCUUCAACAUGGUCAUGUCUCACCCUCAUGCUGUGAAUGAAAUUGCACUGAGUCUGAACAAUAAGAAUCCCAGGACUAAAGCUCUGGUGCUGGAGCUGCUGGCCGCCGUGUGCCUGGUUCGAGGAGGUCAUGAGAUCAUUCUCUCAGCUUUUGAUCAUUUUAAAGAGGUGUGUUCAGAAGAUCAGCGGUUUGAGAAACUCAUGGAGCAUUUCAAGAAUGAAGAUAAUAAUAUCGACUUCAUGGUUGCCUGUAUGCAGUUCAUUAACAUCGUGGUUCAUUCUGUGGAAGACAUGAAUUUUAGAGUGCACUUACAGUACGACUUCACAAAGCUUGGCUUGGACGAAUAUCUGGACAAACUGAAGCACACCGAGAGUGACAAACUGCAUGUGCAGAUUCAAGCGUACCUGGAUAACGUGUUCGAUGUCGGGGCUCUGUUGGAGGACGCCGAGACCAAGAACGCAGCGCUGGAGAGAGUGGAGGAACUAGAGGAGAACAUGUCUCAUCUGACAGAGAAGUUACAGGACACAGAGAAUGAGGCGAUGGCGAAAAUCGUUGAGCUGGAGAAACAACUCAUGCACAGAAAUAAAGAGCUGGAGUCUAUUCGGGAGGUGUAUAAAGAUGCCAGCUCUCAAGUGCACACACUACGGCGGAUGGUGAAGGAGAAGGACGAGGCCAUUCAGAGGCAGUGCAACCUGGAGAAGAAGAUCCACGAGCUAGAGAAACAGGGAACCAUCAAGAUCCAGAAGAAAGGGGAUGGGGACAUAGCCAUCCUGGCGUCCCCUCCACCGGGGAACGGGCAUCUACCAGGUUCAGAGGGUGUAGUUGGGCUGUCCGGUGAGGGCCUGGUCAGUUACACAGGUGUGGCUAACGGGACGGCCCAUAGUGUGUCCAUGCCUGAACCUCCACCACCCCCUCCUCCUAUGCCGGCAACAGUACCAAAUGGGCUCUCUGCUGCUCCAGCACCAGCACCCCCUCCUCCUCCUCCUCCUCCUCCUCCUCCUCUUCCAGGUCCUGGUGUGGAUAUAUCUGCCCCUAUGCCUCCUCCACCCCCUCCCAUGGCCCCUCCACUUCCAGGCUGCGGAUCACCAACCGUCAUCAUGAACUCAGGACUGGCAGCUGUGAAGAUUAAGAAGCCCAUCAAGACUAAGUUCCGUAUGCCGGUGUUUAAUUGGGUGGCGCUGAAACCCAAUCAGAUCAACGGCACUGUGUUCAACGAGAUCGAUGACGAGAGAAUACUUGAGGAUCUGAAUGUGGAUGAGUUUGAGGAGAUGUUUAAGACGAAAGCACAGGGUCCAGCCAUAGACCUCACCUCCAGCAAACAGAAGACCUCUCAGAAAGGACCAAACAAAAUCUUACUGCUGGACUCCAACAGGGCUAAAAACCUGGCCAUCACCCUCAAAAAAGUGGGCAAGACAUCAGAGGAGAUCUGCAGAGCCAUCCAAAUGUUUGACCUGCGGACAUUGCCUGUGGAUUUCGUGGAGUGUUUGUUGAGGUUCAUUCCAACGGAAGCCGAGCUGAAAGUUCUGCGUCAGUACGAGAAGGAACGCAAACCUCUGGAGAACCUGACAGACGAGGAUCGCUUCAUGAUCCAGUUCAGCAAGAUCGAGCGUCUCAUGCAGAAGAUGACCAUCAUGGCAUUCCUGGGGAACUUCACCGAGAGCGUUCAGAUGCUCACUCCGCAACUUCAUGCCGUUAUUGCAGCUUCUGUCUCUAUUAAGUCCUCUCAAAAACUCAAGAAGAUUCUGGAAAUCAUCCUGGCUCUGGGAAACUACAUGAACAGCAGUAAAAGAGGAGCGGUAUAUGGCUUCAAACUGCAGAGCUUAGACCUGUUAUUAGACACUAAAUCAACAGAUCGCAAGGUCACUCUUCUGCACUAUAUAGCAAAUGUAGUGAAGGAAAAAUACCAGCAGGUGUCGCUCUUCUAUAAUGACCUGAACUAUGUGGAGAAAGCUGCCGCAGUGUCUCUAGAGAAUGUCUUGUUAGACGUGAAGGAGAUGCAGAGAGGGAUGGAUCUGACCAGGAGAGAGUACAGCAUGCACGGCCACAACACAAUGCUCAAAGACUUCAUACAGCAGAAUGAGAAUAAACUCAAAAAACUUCAGGAUGAUGCCAAGAUCGCUCAGGAUGCCUUUGAUGAAGUGGUGAAAUUCUUUGGAGAAAAUGCCAAAACAACACCACCGUCUGUGUUUUUCCCAGUGUUUGUGCGCUUUGUCAAAGCAUACCGGCAAGCAGAGGAGGAUAAUGAACAGAGGAAAAGACAUGAGCAGAUGAUGAUGGAGAAGCUGAUUGAGCAAGAAGCUAUGAUGGAGCAAGAGGAUCAGAAGUCUCCCUCUCAUAAGAACAAGCGUCAGCAGCAGGAGUUGAUCGCAGAGCUGAGGAAGAAGCAGGUGAAGGACAGCAGACAUGUGUAUGAGGGUAAAGACGGAGCCAUUGAGGACAUUAUCACAGAUCUGAGAAACCAGCCGUACAGGCGCGCUGACGCCGUCAGGAGGAGCGUCCGAAGACGAUUUGAUGAUCAGAAUUUGCGGCCAAUCAACAGUGCAGAGAUGGUCAUGUGACGAGGGAAAAGGGGAUGUGAUUGGAUGGGCUGGAGGAGUGGAGGUGGAGCUAACUGCUCCCGAACAAAAUAAUGAAGGAUUGAUGCAGAUGACAGCAGGUCUGAAAGUCAAGUGCCUAUAUUUAACACCUGUCCCAUCAGGUGUUGAAUCAUACAUGUGUUUUAGUCAUAGUCUUCUGUCUGUGAUUUUUUUAUAUGACAAACAGUGUCUUUUAUCCAAUGGCGCUUAAAUCGUAGAUGGUGAGAUCAGUGUUUUUCUCAAGAAAGUGUCAGAAUGUAAAACUGUUCCAACACUUUAUGUAUCGUGAACCUUUACAAAGGCCUCUUACAUUCCAGUGCUUUCGCCACAGAUCAAAAUCGACCAAUCGUGCGUUCUCUGAAUGGCUAAUCUACUA